UAGCAGCAAAGCUUAACUUAGUAUAUCAAAACCAAGUUACAAUCUACUAAAACCAAUGAAAAUGCAAGCAGUUCUUGUUAUCCUGGUUUUCUCCGGUUUAGUCUCGGUACAGAAAACGCUAGCAGCGCAACAUGUGAUCGGAGGUAGCCAAGGCUGGGAACAAUCCGUUGAUUUUGAUUCUUGGUCAUCCGAUCAAUCUUUCAAAGUCGGCGACCAACUUGUUUUUAAGUAUUCAGGACUACAUAGCGUUGUAGAGCUAGGAAGCGAAACGGCAUACAAGAGUUGUGACCUGGGAACACCUGUCAAUUCCUUGAGCUCUGGAAACGACGUCCUUAAGCUUUCUAAAACCGGUACUCGUUAUUUCGCUUGUGGAACCGUUGGCCAUUGCGAGCAAGGCAUGAAGAUUAAAGUCAACGUUGCCUCUUCUGACUCAAAAUCAUCUUCCUCUCCUGGUUCGGGUUCGGAUUCAGGGUCAGGUUCGGGUUCGGGUUCGGAAUCUAGUUCGGGUCAUGGAUUACGUGCUUCCGUUGGAUACAUUUUCGUUGUUGGAUCUUUGGUUAUUGGUCUUAUUUGGGCUUACUGAGGAUUUAGGGCUUUCGUAAAUGUAUAUCGAAUAUAUUCGUGGGGAGAGAAUAAAUAUUUUUGGAAUUAUUAAUUUGUAUUUGUAUUAAGUCGUAUUUUUGUUGUAUUUUGAUUUUGCAUCAUUAUGUUAUGUAGUUCGGAUAUCUGCAUUUCUGAUCUUAUUCUAUACUAUAUGUACAACCUUGUUUUUCACGUUUC